CAAGUGCAAUUCAACCACGCGAGUUGAAAUGAAGAAAUAAGGACAAGACAAAGUCAAACGACACAGACGGCUUGUAGUAGCACCAAGGCGCGAGUUGCAAAAAAAAAAGAAUGGCCGCCCAAUUAGCUUGGCAGGCACGCAGCGGGGACUGUGGCAAUCGCGAGACGGAAGAUGUUUCGUCGAAGAGUAGCGGGAUAUAUUUUUUGGGGGCGGGCGGCUAUGUAACUCAGCACACGGUGAUGGCCGUGUUAUUUCUGGGGGUGAUGGGGGAGGCUUUCGGGUAAUAUCAUAGUUGAUGUUUGCGGGAAAGCGAAAAGCGACAAAAAAGUGUACAAGCGGAUCUUGCUAGCUGUGUCUUCGCAUAAUAGGAGAGGAAGAGUAGAGACCAUGGGUUUGAUUUGUUUCUUGGGAUCCGCCCAAGCGAUUGUCGAGGCUUUACUCUAAAGAGGUGGGUGUCCGAGAGGAAAAGUGGAAAUGUUCCUGGGGGAGUAGAAGGAGAAGGAAAAAAAGAGGAGACGGAAGAGAAGAGGAAACACAAACAUGAGAUGGAACGAACGGACGCAGGGACAUUUGGCUGAUCAAGUGUAGUCAUGCAGGCAGAGAGUAAGGCAAGUGGAUGCGGACUGAAUCGUGUGUCACUGUAGUGUUGGAGGUCAAACAGAGGAGAGUGAGAGAUAG